AUGAAAGCCUCUCAUGACGCAGAGCCAGCCGCCGGUGGUGCUAUCAAGGUCGAAUACGCUCAGCACGUCAAAACCUGCUUCGACUUUGCCGCUAUGCUGCGAUAUGCCAUUCCUGCAGCGCAUAGAUGGAUGGACCAGCUCGAGGACAGUGCUGGCACACCGCCAGAGUCACCUACCUCGUUUUCCGGGGUUGGGACUCCCUCGUGCGACGCGGUGUCGGGCCUGAAGGCUGCCUUCUCUGCGACUGACCUCCGGGAACGGCUGGCGAAGGUUCAAGAUGAAGCGCCGCAGGCUUCACCACCCACGCCAAGCGCCUCCAAGCGCAAGUGCGGUACUGAUGCGGCACAUGACGACGGGCUGGGAGGCUCACAGGAGAAGAAGCCUCGUACGGUAGUUAGCGGCGCUAAUCCCUUGGACGGCCCGUCUCGUGCUCGUAAGCCUCGUAAACCCAAAGCGCUAAUCCCUCUCGGCGUGCAAAAGCCAGCAAACCGUCGCCGUGCAAAGAAACGAUGCGAGCAGAGGGGUGGAGACGACGGCCACCCUUGGCAAAAGCACCACACCACCUACUACGAGCGGCCGCAUGCCUUUGAAGUCCUCGUUUGCGACGAACAUGGCGAAGUCAAGUUCUCAGUCUGUUCUCGCGCGGCGUAUACAGGGAGUCGUACGAAGGAGAAGCAGCUGAACCGCGUUCUUACGGAGGCCGAGCUGAAGGAGCUUGGGUUCAAGAAGAUCCCGUGGGAUGGCGUACAUACCUUGCUCAUUCUCGACGAAGAGGAGGCCAUCAUUGUGGCGUUUGUGCCUCCUCCCCGCGACGACAGCCAGAAGGAUGCACUCGGCGACCCUGACAAGCCACAGACGUCUGCUCCUCCCUCCACCGCGUCUGAUCCCGCCGGCACUGCGUCGCGCUCAACUGAGACAUCUUCCUCGCCGAUAAAGGCGUUCUACAAGGCCGCAUCCUUCGAAGCCAUGUGCGACGCGCUCGCAGCGGACUUUGGUGCUGCACAGGAUCUCAACCUGCCGUCAAGCUCGCGCGAUGGGCGCCGAGGCAAGUUCAUCGCGAUCAACUUCGGAAUAUCGUACGGUGGAGGCCAGAAGGAGCCCCGCCCGCUGAGCCCGCCCCAGGCGGCAGUCGAGUUCGUCGACCGCCUGAAGGAAAGCCCGAACUUGCGGCGUUUAGCAGCUUGGCAAAGUGAAAUAUUCGCCUCCUAUCAGCCAAAGGCGUACCACCAUGUGCGCUGCAAGAUGGCUCGCCUGCACUCAUGGCGUUCAAGCCUGCGCCCCCCGUUUCCUCGUUCUGUCUACACCACAGCGUGUGCAAACUGCGGCCCGAGCACGGAGUGCUGUGGCCACCACGACCUCACGAACUAUCCUGGCUGCCCGUGCUGCAUCACCGCCCUCGGCGACUUCGAUGCGGAGCACGGCGGACAUUGCGUGCUUCAUGGCCUGCGACUCUAUGUUCCAUUCCCAGCGGGCGCAUCGUGCUUGCUCUCUUCCGCCGGGCUAAUGCACGGUAACACAGCCAUCCAGCCAGGCGAGACUAGAUACUCGUUCACGCAGUACUGUGUCGGCGGUUUGAUGCGAUGGGUGUCGUACGGCUUCAAGCCUGCUGGUGACAUCCCGGCGGAUGUCAGGGCUCAGCUCGACGAGAACGAGGGCGAGGGAUGGGCUGCGCAGUACGCGCGGUUCUCGAAAGUUUGGGAAGUCGAUGAGGACCGCGAGUGGGUGCGCGAGCAGGAGAUGAAAGAAGGCUUGUACUGA